GUGCAUAAUAUCUGGAGAGGCAUUGUAAAGGAGCAGCUUCCGUAUUUAGACCACGCACAGGAUCUUUUCAGAGAGGAUAAACGUUGACUGGUUUCCUUAUCCUUUCAACCUUCUCCCGGUGGACAUACUUUUAUCGACUGGUUCGAUCAAUAGUUUCGCACAGCAUAAUCACUACAUCACGCAAACCUCAGCCACGUGUAUUCCACCAUGGGAUUGUUCGGGCAACUCAAAACCCCCCUCUCGUCUGCUGGCCGAGCCAGGGACAAAGCCAGAAACUACGCUGGAGAAAAAGGUAUCCCUCCAGAGGCGUUCAAUAGAGUCGAGAACGUUGGCAAGAAGGCGAUGAAGAACGCCGGACAGAAAGCUGUCUAUGGAAUCCCUGGAGUCGGACCAAUAAUCUUUGCCUGCCACAUGGCCUCAAAGCCGCCCAGGAGGAUAGCCAGAUACUACUAUCAUGGUGUCGACAACACUACAGCGGAGUCAAAGAACUGUGGCUACACGCUCGCCGUCCAGGGCAGAUGGCCAGCCGUGUUCCGCAUGGUCCUCCGCUUCCUCCAAUUUUGGGCUGCUAUUCUGGUCUACUGUUUCUACGCCAUCGAUCUUUACAGAAGUGGAAAACAGAACCCCAAGUUCUAUGAUUCUAGGUGGAUGUAUGUUGUCGUUCUGGCGACAAUGAGUUGUUUCAGCUCCAUUGCCCUAGGUCUCCCUUACUUGAAGCCGUGGCUUUAUGCGCCAUUAGAUCUGUUUCUUUGCAUCUGUUGGCUGGUUGGUUUUGGCAUCUUUGGAAAGAUGUACAUCCCAGAAGACGCCGAGGGCAACGGCGGCAUCAAUCGCAUGAAGAAAGGCGUAUGGGUUCUUCUCACUAACAUGCUACUCUGGAACAUUUCAGCAGCAUUUGGUAUGUACGGUAUGUGGCUUUGGAAGAAAGCGAGGCGUCCUGGACUACCCAAGUAGGACUGCCUUGAUCAACUACAAGGUUUCGACGUCCGCCCCUCAAAUCUCCAAUAGUAUGCUACAGGAUGGGUCAUAACUGUCCGUAAUCAGCUACAUCAUUAUGUCUUCAUGUUUCUUUAUUUCUUAUAGCAUGGUUCGGCGCUGGGGCUUCUUUGUAUCUUGUCAGCUGUCAUUGGCGUCACGAUACCCUCUGAAAGCGUGACAUGU